GCACCAACCACCUUGUGCGAAACCAGCAGUGAUCUUUCUUCAAACAGGUUGAGACACAGUUGGAGACCAUGCGUUUUCCCUUCAUCGUUAGCCUUGCAGUCCUUGCAAUCAGCCAUGGAGAAGCAGCUGGUAGCUACGUAAAGUCCAUGUCGCCGAAUGCGCAACAACUCUUCACUGAGUCAAUGGAAUGGAUGGAUACCUUCUACGACCGCAAGGCAGGCUACCUGUACGACUUCAGCGCCGCGGUAGCACUCCGCCAUGAAACGCGUAGCUCAGUCUGGUACGCCUUUGGCCUGCUAGCGAGGAAUGAGGGGUCUGAUGUUGCCGAGGCUGAGAAGAUCAUCAAGAACACCAUUGAUGCGCAGUACAAAGUUCCCGCUGAAGAAUGGUACGGUGACUAUCAGCAAGAACCAGAAGAACCUUACGUCGGCAGCCCAGCUUAUCCUCCCAAGAUCUACGGUAGCUGGGACCCCAACUGGCGCGGUUUCGUUGGUACGACUUUGGUCAUGUGUAUGGAAGAGUUUCCUCACUUGCUCAGCAAGAGCACUCAGAACCUGAUCCUCCACUCCCUACAUAACGCAACUAAGGGCGAUGAGUACCGUUUCGGCCACCUCGAUAAGACCAAGGAUAACCUUUAUCCCUCUUAUAGUAACCCUUCCAUUAUGCGUGCUUUUGUUUCUGGUUGGACAGGCCGUCGCCUUAAUGACAGGAACAUGACCCAUAGCGGCGAGAAGUACGCCCAAGAGAUUAUUGACCUCUUCAACAAACACAACACCCUCUCCGAAUUUAACUCAGGCACUUAUACUGGCGUAUCUCUUUUCGGUCUUAUCUUAUGGAGUAAGUAUUUACCCAAGGAGUCUGUCAUGACUGUAAAUGGGCCAAGGAUGGUUGAAAGAACCUGGGAUGCUGUUUCCCAGCUGUGGCACCCCGGUAUGAAAAACAUAGCUGGUCCCUGGGAUCGAGCUUAUGGUUACGAUAUGAACCGCUAUCUUAGCUUAAUGGCUUUGUGGUUCUGGACUCUGACUGGAAAAGAGAGCUCGUCUCUGACCUCCCAUCCUCAGACCAUGUCACAUAUGGCUGACUAUGCCUGGGGACCUCUUUUCGCCGCCCUAGACAAGACACACCAGAAACUCAUCCCAAAGAAGACACUUCGCAAGCUCUCAAAGUUUCAGGGCGAGCAUACCUUCCAGGGUAGCGCUUACUAUCCUCCCUUUGAUACUACAUCGCGCAACAUUACCACCUGGUUGUCCGAAGAGCUUACUAUCGGCGCCGAGUCCUAUGACGAGAUCGUUAUUGGCGGUCCAUCCCAGUCUCAGGGGUCUUUCAACCCUGCGGUGGUCCAGUGGAAUACUGGGAAUGAAAUCUCUUUUAUUUCUCUAUACCCAACCGAGAUGGCUCUCCAAUCCAGCGUUGAACCUGGCAAGCUCAGCUUGUCUUACCCUUACGGAAACUCCAGUUCUGUAUUUACCUUUGUCGUCGGUACCUUUGAAAAGAAACGUACUGUCGCUAGCUGGGCCGACAUUCAGGGUCUGGAGGUGACGGUCUCUGGCAACAUCAACUCGACCUAUGCCCUCUCAUUUGCCGGCGGAUACGGUGGUACAGACAGUCUUAUUCGGGAUUUUGAGUUUUGGAACUUCACCUACGUAAUGCCUUCCGACUUCCAGGGAGUGCCUUCUGUCGAGCUUGAUUUCAAGCUUAUUUAGAUUCAGUCUACAGUAGAUUGUCAUCCAAUAACCUCAGUUCAUACAGAAGAGUAGCCAUAAAUCAACAAUUGUAAUAG